CAGGGUCCAGGGAGACCAGAUAUAGUGAAUGCAGGGUCCGGGGAGACCAGAUAUAGUGAAUGCAGGAUCCGGGGAGACCGGAUAUAGUGAAUGCAGGAUCCAGGGAGACCAGAUAUAGUGAAUGCAGGGUCUGGGGAGACCAGAUAUAGUGAAUGCAGGAUCCGGGGAGACCAGAUAUAGUGAAUGCAGGGUCUGGGGAGACCAGAUAUAGUGAAUGCAGGGUCCGGGGAGACCAGAUAUAGUGAAUGUAGGGUCCUGGGAGACCAGAUAUAGUGAAUGCAAAUCCAGGAACUUAGGUGCAGGGAUGGUGGGAACCCAGGUGUACAAAUCCAGGAACUCGGGUGCAGGGAUGGUG